UGUUGGUGCGCGCGCACGCUCCCUGGUUCGCCGUGGUCGCGACGACUGUAGCCUGACGUGAACGUGCACGAAUAAGACGAUCAAUUCAAUUUGAGGCUCCUCAAGACCAGGUGGCAACCAUGAGCAAAGUCCACGGCGGGAUGAAAUGCGUGAAAUAUCUGCUGUUCGUCUUCAACUUCAUCUUUUGGUUAUCCGGCUUGCUAGUUCUGGCCGUCGGACUUUGGCUCCGAUUUGACCCAGAAACAGUAGAACUGCUGACCGGCAAUGAUGCCCCUGACACCUUUUUCAUUGCCGUGUAUAUUCUCCUGGGUGCCGGCAGUUUAAUGAUGCUGGUCGGCUUCUUUGGUUGUUUCGGGGCAGUUCGGGAAUCUCAGUGCCUUCUUGCAUCAUUCUUUGCCUGCCUGUUGAUCAUCUUCGCUGCUGAGAUUGCAGCUGGCGUGUUUGGAUUCAUCAACAAAGAGCAGAUUGUCGAGGAGGUGCAAAAAUUCUACAGCAGCUCCAUCGGUGACGCAUCCAAUCCCAACGCAACUGCUAUUGCACUCAUUUACCACAGGACUCUCGACUGCUGUGGGGGCUCGACGUCUGCGACUACAUCGGACCUGUGUGAUGACGCCCCAGAGGGAACCAAGGACUGUCUGAGUGCCAUCACGGAUUUCUUUAAUGAAAGACUUCACAUUAUCGGCUACAUCGGGAUUGGCAUCGGCGGAGUCAUGAUUCUAGGGAUGAUCUUCAGCAUGGUGUUAUGUUGCGCCAUCAGGAACAGCAGAGAGGUCAUAUAGCAGAAGAAAUGCGAGUUGGACUGUUACCUCCUCCAUGCAUAACACACAUGCUCUGCUUGUGGCACGAUUGUGUGACAUUCCUGCUGUAAAUACGGACGCCUCUGAUGUCCUACAUACUGUGUGCCUCUUUGUGUUGGAGGACUAGCCUGCCUUUUCUGUAGAAUUUACUUCAUUUAGAAUGUACGUAAUUUAUGUGCCUACUGGACAAGCCUUGUGGAGUCAAUGUGGGCCAGCACGUUUUAAGGCAGUGUUUUUCCAACUACUGUGCCGCGGUGUAGUGUCUGGUGUCCUGUUGAAAAUCAUCCAGUCAUUAUUAGGUGAAAGUGGAUGAUUUUCCACAGCACAGCACACCACACAUUACGCUGCGGCACAGUGGUUGAAACAGUUUUUAGGAACUGGUUCAAAUCUUGAGCUUGCAUGUUUUUUUUUGCCUUUUUUUCUACUACUGAGCUUCCUACCGGAUUAAAAACCAUGCUUGUUAUUUUACCCUUAAGUGAGUCACUGCCAGUCUAUAAUGCAUUGAGUAUAGGUUGUGGUAGUACAAUAAUUAAAAACACCCAUAAUGGCCAGACAUCAAAUCUAUUUUGGCAGGCAUGAUCAG